AUAAGGGGAGGAAUCAUCCACCCAGUCACCAUGACACCUUUUGCCAGUGGCGAGCGAUAGUACUGUCCUUGCUAACACCUGCCGUGCACAUGUGGAUUCCUGUCAGACGCCCGCACUGACGUGGAUAUCCACAUUGACGCAUCAACAUGGAUCCAUUGAUGCGGAUGCCUGUAUUGACAAAUGCCUGCACUUAUACUCACGUGGAUACCUUCUUACUACUUUUGUUACUGACUGUCUCCUCACCUCGAUGCGUCGCAUUCACUCCUAAUGUGGGAAUUGAAGCUAGCGCCCACCUCGGCUCACUUUUACACAGGUCGGGGUCGCUAUCGGGGCCAACUAUCUGCUUACAACCAAGCAGACGUUGUUCUCGUUCUCACUACCUGUACUAGUACAAGAGACAAAGUUGAGGUACUUACUAUAUGUAGUGCUUGAGUUACAUCAGCUGUAGCGUAGUCAGCC